GGAAUGGCUCAACAGCGAAACCACGAGAGGAAGGACUUGUGUGACUUCCUGGCUCAAGACGGGAAUGUGCUCUUCUGCAAAUACAGACAGAAACAAGGAAAGGAGCUCAGCAAAGGGGAUUUUUGUUUGCUAACAAUAGCAUGGGAAUCCUCUUCUAAGGUUUGAUAACCAUGUGAAUCAUUAACCGUCCGAUCAAUUCGUGCACGAAUCCCCAGGAAAGGCUAAGCAGAGGGACACAACCAUCAUGGAUCUUUGGAGCGUUUUUUUAUUUCUGACCUUUUGUGGGGAAAGUUGGACUCAGGAGCAAACGUACGUCAUUUCGGCCCCCAAAUACCUCCGCGUCGCAGCCUCCGAAACGGUGGUGGUCCAAGCCUUUGGCUAUUCGGAGGCCUUUCCGGUGACCGUGUCUCUCAAGAGCUUCCCGGAUAAACAGACCACGUUUGCUUCUGGCCGCACCGAGUUGAAGCCGAACUUGUUCCAAGGCUCUGUCACUUUAACGCUCCAGCCAAAGGACUUGACCAGCAGAGACCCACAGAAUCCAAUCCAAUAUGUAUAUUUGGAAGCCGUUUCCCCACAUUUUACGAAAGAGAAGAAAAUGCCGGUUUCCUAUGACAAUGGGUUCCUCUUUGUCCAGACGGACAAACCGAUUUACACUCCAGAUCAGAGAGUAAAAGUUCGGGUGUAUUCUCUGAAUGAAGAGCUAAGGCCAGCUCGAAGAGCAGCCACCCUGACCUUUGUGGAUCCAGAAGGAGUAGAAGUGGAUAUAAUAAAGGAAGACGACGUCACCGGUAUUAUAUCUUUCCCCGACUUCAAAAUUCCUCCGUAUCCUAAAUUUGGCACUUGGACCAUUAAAGCAAAGUAUCAGAAGGACUUCACGACCACAGCUCAGACGCGGUUUCAAGUGAAAGAAUAUGCCAUGCCAAGUUUUGCGGUGACAAUUGAACCGGAGAAUAAUUUCAUUGGCUUCCAGCACUUUGAACGCUUCGAGAUUACAAUUCGGGCCAGGUAUUUCUACAACGCGCCGGUGGCAGAUGCCCAGGUUUACGUCCGUUUCGGGAUCCUCGAAGGCGAGCACAAGACCAUGCUGCCCAAGGCCUUGAAAUACAUGGAGAUGGAGGAAGGCAUUGCCCAGUUUAGUUUUAACAGCAAAGUCGCCGUCCGUGAUCUAUCCUACGAAUCCCUGGAAGACCUCAAUGGCUUGAGGCUUUAUAUUGCGGCUUCGGUGCUGGAAACGAAAGGUGGCCAUAGUGUGGAUACCGAAUUGACCAGUGUCCUGUAUGCCAUGUCUCCUUACAAACUGGAUUUGAUCGCCACCCCGCUCUUCGUGAAGCCUGGGCUCCCAUACUCCAUCAAGGUGCAAGUAAAGGAUCCGACGGGUGUCCCGUCCAGGCGCGUCCCUGUUGUUUUGACGGCCAGUGUCUUCAAUGAGGCCGGGGAAGAGGCGGCCAUAGAGCGGGAAGGGUCCGAAGGCGGACGGCGGGACACAGGCCAGGAUGGAACCGCUUCUUUCGUGCUGAAUAUCCCUCGUGAUGCCAAAACACUGGAGUUUAGCAUAAAAACUGCAGAUCCCAAAUUACAUGAAGACAACCAAGCCAGCAAAGACUAUGAAGCACAAUCAUACGUUUCCCUCAGCGGAAGCUAUCUGUAUAUCGACUGGGCGUCGUACCACAAAACCUUAUAUGUCGGAAGUACCUUGCACAUCGGUGUGCACCCAUCAAGCCACUACAUUGAUAAAAUACAUCACUACAGCUAUUUGAUCAUCUCCAAAGGAAAGAUAAUAGACUAUGGGACGCAGGCCAAGCUUGAAGGCUACGUGUAUCAAAACCUGCAGUUCCAGCUGACCAAGGAAAUGGUUCCCUCGGCCCGCAUCCUGGUCUAUUACAUUGUGACGGGAGAAGGUGCCGCAGAGCUGGUUGCUGAUUCAGUCUGGUUGGAUGUGGAACAGAAAUGUGGAAACAGCCUGAAGGUUCGUGUUUUGGGACGUGAGUCGUUUUACAGCCCAAAGGCCGACAUUUCGCUUUCCAUGAACACCGAUUCCGACUCCCUGGUUGCACUGUCCUCUAUGGACCGGGCCAUUUACGGAGUUACGAGGAGUAAGGAGAGACCCAUGGAAAAAUCACUUCUGAAAUUAGAAAAAAGUGACCUUGGCUGCAGUGCCGGAGGAGGGCUGAACAAUAUAGAUGUCUUCCGAAUGGCUGGCCUCACUUUUAUGACCAAUGCGAAUGCAGAGGAUUCGAAAGAAGAAGAUGAAGCCUGCAAAGCCCGCGUCCGACCGGCACGAUCCCCCAAAAGGAGUAGAAGGGACAAACUCGAUUCAGCCUGUGAAGCCAUCCUGCAAGCGGCACCUUCCACCGUCAGCAGUAAGAUCGAAGAACUAGUGUCCCUCCUUCAAGUCCAAGUGGUCAAGGACUGCUGCAGAGCCGGGGCCCAGGAGCAUCCGACGAAGAAGUCCUGCGACGAGCGCCUCAAACACGUUCGGGGUGGAACACGUUGCAUGUGGGCCUAUUCCAAGUGUUGUGCCUGCGCAGAGCAGCUGCGGCGCAAUGAAACCCACAAAGACAUCAUCCUCGGCCGGAGCUUCCUCGCUGUCCUUUUGGAUUUGGAUCCAGAGGUCCGGAGCUAUUUCCCCGAAAGCUGGCUUUGGGAGGUCCACCCAGUUUCCCGCUCCAAGACACUUCCGGUGACUUUGCCUGAUUCGCUGACCACUUGGGAAAUUCAAGGCAUCAGCAUUUCAGAUCAAGGGAUCUGUGUCGCGGAUGCAGUGCAAGUGCAAGUGGUCAAAGAGGUCUUCAUCGAUGUGCGCACGCCUUACUCUAUCAUCCGCGGAGAACAAAUCGAAUUGAUAGGAACCGUUUACAAUUACAAACCAUCGACGAUCAAAUUCUGUGCUUCCAUCAGCGUGGGUAGCGGGGUCUGCCUUUUCGGAUCUGUCUCCGGAUCGGGUCCGCAAGGAAUCCAAAGGACCUCCUGCUCCCGGCUCCGCAACCUCGAAGGCUCCUCCAUUGCAAGAGUCCAGUUUAAGGUCCUUCCUCUGGAGCUGGGUCUCCACACCGUGAAUUUCACAUUGAGGAGCACCGCGGGAAAUGAGGUCCUGGUGAAGACCUUGCGAGUUGUGCCCGAAGGUAUCAGAGAAGAACAGUAUGAAGGCAACACCCUGGAUCCUCAAGGCAUUUAUGGGACAGUCGUACGGGAGGUCGGGUUCCGUCGGAAGACCCCGUUCAAUAUCGUCCCAAAGACCAGCCUCAGCCGGACUCUGAGCGUCAAAGGGCUCCUUUUGGGGGAAGUGAUCAAUGCAGUGGUUGCACCUGAGGGACUCCUCUUCCUGGCCAAUCUUCCCAGAGGAAGCGCCGAAGCCGAACUCAUGAAUGCGGUGCCAGUCUUCUAUGUGUUCGACUUCUUGCAAAGGACCAGCAACUGGGACAUCCUCGGUUCAGGAAGCCUCACUCCAGAACUGCAAAUGAAGAGGAGACUCAAGGAAGCCAUUAUCAGCAUCCUCUCCUUCCGGAAGAAGGAUUUCUCCUUCAGCAUCUGGAAAGAUGGGGAAAGCAGCACCUGGGUCACGGCUUUUGCCCUCCGGAUCUUUGGGCAAGUCCACAACUACGUCCCGGUGGAUCAGAAUUCUCUGUGCAACACUCUGACAUGGAUGAUUGACAUGUGUCAAAUGAACGAUGGGUCUUUCCGAGAAGUUUCGUCCUACCAACCAAUAAAACUACAAGGGACGUUACCGAAAGAAAAAAAAGAACACACUUUGUACUUGACUGCCUUCACUCUGAUUGGGUUCACCAAAGCCAUUCAUAUAUGCCCGUUGCUGAAAGCGGAAGAGUCCAAAAACAGGGCGGUGGAUUACCUGCUGCAAAACGUGGAAUCUGCGCAGAGCUCCUUCACCUUGGCCAUCGCCACCUAUGCGCUCACCCUGACCCGAAUGAACAACCUCAAGGCGCGACAGGCCUACACUUCGCUCAAGUCGAAAGCGAUGGUCAUCGGGAACCCACCCAAAUAUCGUUUCUGGAGGGACUCUGCAUCGGACAUCAGUCAGAUCUCGGAGGGGACGUCCCGGAUGGUGGAGACAACCUCCUACGCCGUGCUGGCCGCUCUCCUGCGUGGAGACCAGCCCUAUGCCAAUCCCAUUGUGCGCUGGCUCUCGGAGCAGCAGAGAUACGGCGGAGGGUUUCAUUCUACGCAGGAUACGAUCAAUGCCUUGGAGGCCCUGACCGAAUACUCAAUCCUGAUCAAACGGCUGGUGCUGGACAUGAACAUCAAGGUGGCCUCCAAAGCGCAGGGAGAUUUCCAUCGCUACAGACUCACCCGGAACCAUUACAUCGGCGAACCUGUGGAAGUUCCCCUGGAUGAUGACAUCGAAAUCCGCACCAGAAGUAACACCGGAUUAGCGUCAGUCAGUCUGAGGAGCGUCUAUUAUAAGAGCAGCACUUCCGAAGACAUCUGUAACUUUGACCUGAAGAUUGAAGUCAAGACUGAGGAUGAUGGAAGGACAGCUUUCCAUAGAUCCUUCCACGAGAUCCGGCACUUGGAGGCCUGUGCAAAGUACAAGCCGCCUAGGUCUGAGCCCUCAUCUCCUUCCUCCCAUGCAGUGAUGGACAUCUCCCUUGUCAGUGGACUGGAAGCCAAUAUGGAAGAUUUAUCCAUCCUUGCCAAUGUGAUCGACCCAAUGAUUGCGAAUUUUGAGGUCAAAGAUGGACGGGUUGUGAUGCAACUCGAUUCGAUCCCGUCCAACGAAUUCCUGUGCAUCGGUUUCCGGAUCACAGAACUAUUCCGCGUGAGCAUGCCAAGCCCUGGGACCGUCACUGUCUAUGAGUAUCAUGACCCAAAUAAGAAGUGCUCAAAGUUUUACAAUCCUUACGGAGAAGAGUCACUUGUCCGACUGUGUGAAGGCGCCGAGUGCAAGUGCAUGGAAGCGGAAUGCGGGCGCAUGCAGGCCAGACUGGACCGAUCCAUCAGCUUUGAUGCUCGGAAGGAAGCCGCUUGCCAGAGUAACAUCGCAUAUGUCUACAAAGUGAAUAUCCUCACCUCCAAGCAAGAAGGGAGCUUUGUUAAAUACACAGCAAUCCUCGUGGAUUUCUAUAAAAGAGGAGAGGCUUUUGCGGAGAAGAACGCGGAAAUCAUCUUUAUGAAAAAGUAUUCCUGUACAGAUGUCCAGCUGAAUCCGAGGGAGAACUACCUGAUCAUGGGGAAAGAGGCCUUGAAAAUGGGAGAGGGUGCCAAUGCCAGAUUCCAGUAUCCUUUAGAUGCCUUCACCUGGAUCGAGUGGUGGCCAUCAGAAGACUCAAAUUGCCAGUUUUGCCAAGAAUUUGCACAAACGAUGGAAGAUUUGGCAGAAGAUCUCUUACUUAGUGGUUGUUAAGCUCCCAUAGCAUCCCUAUGAACUGUUGACAAUUCGUCAAAAUGUCUUGACCUUCGGUGGAAUCCAUCACUGUGUCCUUCAUAAAGGACAGAAUCAUUUGUAUUGUCAGGUUACAUGAGAAUGCUAUUUUCUUCUUUUUUUGUAUAUAUUGGUAGAUUAGGUAUAAAGGAAUAGGAAGAGGUGUUUUGUGUUGCACCCCAGGCCUGGAAACACCUAUGACCACAACACCACACAAGAGUCCAGAGUAUAAACAAACAGUUUAUUGUAAAAACAUAAAAUAUAUGACAAAAAUCUAUAUAAAUAGAAAUGUAAUGUUCA